GGUAUACGUUGGCAAACCCAUUUUGCGCAGGACUGCAAGCUGCGCAUUCAUGUGCCCCUCCAAAUAUUUUGGCUCAUACUGCGCUAACUACGAGGGUGUGAAAUUGAAAAAGAGCGCGAGAGCAGUAUUAUUGAUCGACCACUGUAGGGCGAUGUACACAGUAUAUUUUUAAUCUUACAAAAAAAUAUUAAUUUUUCUCAUCAGAACAGUGUCAACGUGUUUAAAAUAUCGCACUAUGGGAUUACAAGUGUUGCAAUAGAUAUUAGUGUAAUUCAAGAUGUCAGACAAAGGUGAUCGUGAUUAUAUUGGAUUUGCAACACUCCCAGAUCAAGUACACCGUAAAUCAGUAAAAAGGGGCUUUGAUUUUACUCUUAUGGUGGUGGGCGAAUCCGGCCUAGGCAAAUCAACGCUUAUCAAUAGUCUUUUUCUCGAUGAUCUGUACAAAAAUCGUAAAGUUCCCGACGUCAGCGAACGUAUUCAAAAAACUACAACCAUAGAGAAAAAAACUAUGGAGAUCGAAGAACGAGGAGUGAAACUUCGAUUAACGGUGAUUGAUACUCCCGGCUUUGGCGAUGCCGUCAACUGUGAGGACAGUUGGAAAGUUUGCACAAAUUACAUUGACGAUCAAUUCCGGCAGUAUUUCACUGAUGAAAGUGGACUGAAUCGACGAAAUAUUCAGGAUAAUCGGGUACAUUGCUGCUUAUAUUUUGUGCCACCAUGGGGUCAUAGUUUAAGACAAAUGGAUCUCGAAUUGAUGAAAAGACUACAUCAAAAAGUUAAUAUUGUAGUAGUCAUUGCUAAAGCAGAUUGUCUAACUACAUGUGAAAUAACUAAAUUAAAACAGAAUAUAAUCAACGACAUAAGGGAACAUCAGAUUCAGAUGUACGAAUUUCCUGAAUGCGACAGUGAUGAAGAUGAAGAAUUUAAGCAGCAAGACCGAGAGUUAAAAGCUAGCGUACCCUUCGCUGUGGUUGGUAGUAAUACCACUUUAGAAGUUGCUGGUAGAAAAGUAAGAGGAAGACAAUAUCCAUGGGGAGUUGUUGAUGUUGAAAAUCCCAAGCACAGCGACUUUAUAAAAUUGAGAACUAUGUUAAUUUCUACACAUAUGCAAGAUCUUAAGGAUGUAACUGAAGACGUCCAUUAUGAAAAUUUCAGGGCACAGUGUAUUUCGCAAAUAUCUCAACAUGCAAGAGAGAGAGGAAAACUGAAAAGAGAUUCUGCACCUUAUGACUCUGACUGUUCAGAAACCGAUCGCCUGUUGCUUCAAAAAGACCAAGAGAUUCGCCGAAUGCAGGAGAUGUUAAACCAAAUGCAAGAAAAACUUAAGGGCAACGCCUAAUAAAUAAACAAGUACUGCAGUAUUAUUGAUAUUUACAAAGCCAUUAGAUAUGUCACGUUAAUGUUGUGUCUACCAAAGAUUUAGUUCAAAUUUUUUUAUAUUUAUAAACGAUUUAUAUUAUUUUAUAUGUUAUCUAAAUAAACUUUUUAUUGUA